AUGGAAAUUGUAAAUCCGAUGCCUGAAAAUUCCAUAUUUGAAGAACCAACUAAGACACCUUACACAAUUGUACGGUUGAAGCGUAAACGUAAUGCUGAGCCUUUGGACGCGCUUGGUACCGGAAGUCUUCAAAAUGAUGUGAAACCGAUCGAGGAACAAAAAAUGGAGGAAAUAGGAAAAGUGGUAGCCUUCCCCAUUUCUCAAGCUGUACCAUAUUCGUUAAAUUUUGUUGAAAUAUUUAGUGACAGCGUUGAAGAUGAAGAAAAUGCAACAGAUGAAAUGUUCCAGAUGUAUGACGCUGUCAAAGAAGAAAUACCAAUUGCGCCAAAGUUGGUUGCUCUUUUUUUGAUUGAUAAAGAAAAUACUGCCGAAUCCGAUGAUGAUUAUGUAUAUGAUGUAUACUAUCGUGAUGAUUCAAUGGCAUUUGAUGAUAAGCCCGAAUAUCAGAAUUAUGCUUCAUUAACUUGGUUCAAUGACGAUGAUAAUGGAAUUUUUGUGAAAGAAACAACAGAAAAAGAUGAAUUUGAAUAUUCCGAUGAAGAAGAUUCAAAUGCUGAAGAUUACUAUACACAUGACUAUCCUGAUGAAGAAGAGGUUUGGAGUGAACAAG